AUCACCGCAUUUUAAACCUGGAACUUUCAUACCGGAAGUUAAGAAUAUUAGUAAAUCGUACCCAAACAGUUCGGGACAAAAUUAACGUUGCAUAAUAUUUACGUUUCAAAUGUUAAACGUGUGAAGAAAUCAAGUCUGACAACUAUUCAUCAAACACCAGUCUAGAUCGUACCCACAACUGUUCAUCAAACACCAGUCUAGAUCGUACCCACAACUGUUCAUCAAACACAAGUCUAGAUCGUACCCACAACUGUUCAUCAAACACCAGUCUAGAUCGUACCCGAUGGCUAGUCAUGUGAUGCAGGUUCGAGCCCUGUACAAGGCAGUUCUACGACUCCAUCGAGGUCUGCCGUACAAUCUGCAGGCCAUGGGAGACCAGUAUGUUAAGGAUGAGUUCAGGAGACACAAAACAUGCUCGAAAACGGAAGCUAAAAUAUUUAUGGAUGAGUGGACGAAAUACUAUCUCACACUGGCCAAGCAGUUGUCAAAGAGAAAGAAGAAGCAGACAGUGGGCCAGCAUUUGGGUCCAGAGCUUCUUGAAAACUUUACAGAUGAACAAGUGGCUCAGUUGCAUGAACUCUUUAGUGUGGCAACUCAAAAAUCUGAAACUGGUGAACCUUCUUGACAACUGUGUAGGAUAUAACUGUUUGAAUGUUAAUUUUUUUAAACCCUUUACCACUUAGAUAUGUAUUUUGAUGCAUGUGUAGUCCAUUGAAAAGUAAAAUUUAAUUAAAGGCUUUUCUUACUAGACUAAAGUUUAAAAGGCUUUAUUUCCAACCAUCAGAUACUGAUAAGAAGCAAACAGCAUAAAACCUGAACAGACUGUGAGUUACUCGCAGGCUGUUCUGGUUUUAUGCUGUUUGCACUGUAGCCAUUUUCACUUUGCUUCUGAGUGAGUUACUCGCAGGCUGUUCUGGUUUAUGCUGUUUGCACAUAGCCAUUUUCACUGUGCUUCUGAGUGGGAAAGGGUUAACGUUGUAUUUAAAUGUGAUAUGUGUAUGAUUGUGAAACUCUGUAUAUUUAUUUGUAUGUUCAUAUCGUUGAAAUAAAGGCAAGAGAAUGUA